AUGAAUAUUUGUUUAUUAUCUCUCUCCAAUUAAUUUAAAGACUUCAUCUAUCUCAUUAAAAAGAUCCUUAAACAUCAUGAUGGAAUCACCUCUGUCUCACAAAGACUAUAUAAACCACCACCUACAGUAAUUAUAUAUCUUGAAACCCUUAGAAAUCAGAUUAUUAGAAAAAAUAACUUAAGCGUCCAUCACAUGUUUUCCAUAAUUAAUAACGUCCUCCUAAAUAAUAAAUAUAAUAACAGAUUCAAACUCCAGAAUAAUUAUUGAAUUCCAUUGUCACUAUUAUUAGUGAUGAUCUUGACCCUCCAUAACAAUAAAAUCAAGAUCAUCAUACUACAUUUUAGUAAAUACCUCAAACCUUUUUGUAAACUAUGACUUAUAAUCUCAAAGAAUAAGGUCUAAUUAAUAAACUAAAAAAUACUUUAAAAGAUCAAAUUAGCUUCUUACAAGAUUCCUUGAACUUUUAUAAUAACAUUAAUCAGAAAUAUGAAAUCAUUCAAACUUCUAAAAUCAAUCUAGAAGCUAAUGAUAAAACACAGAGAUUAAAAGCUUGGUCAUAUUAUAAAGCCAAUUAACAAAUCAAAUUAAUCAAUGAGAAAAUUGAUUUAUUUUCUAUUCCAAUAGGUUUUAAGAUUCAAUCUGAUAAAUAAUACAACACUACUAAAGAACAAAUGAAAAAUAUCAUUCAUUAACACAUACAAUAACUUUAAAUUAGUUAAGAUGCUCUUAAUUCUUAUAAAUUUGAUAAUUUCUUUGAUAAUUAAAAUGUUGAUAAGAUUUUCAAUUUUCUUAUUUAAUUUUAAGAAGCAUACGAAAAAUGUGAAAAUACAAAGUAAUUAUUGAUAAUAGAUAAUUCAUUAUGUGAUGCACUUCAUACACUUAGAAUUUAAUCAUCUAUAUUAUAUGAAUAAAUUAAAGUUUAAUAUGAAGAUUGGUAUAAUAAAUUUUAAGAAAAAGAUGGUUAAUAUUAAUUGUUUCUUAAAAUGCUACAAAUUCGUAUACAUCAUAUGCCAUUCUAUUAUUUAACUCAAACUCCUAUUUAUGAAUCAAAACAUCAUCAAGAUGUUCUCAAAUAUAUGGAUGAAAUGCUUAUUAUUUAAUAAUCACUUAAUCAUUAUUAAGAUCAAAUCCCAUUCAUUUUUAAAUUCUUUAAAUUGAGAAAUAAAUAGUUAAAAAUAUUAGAGAUUAUUAUUAAUUAUGUGAAUUCUAAUUAUCCAUAUAAUAAAAGUUUGAUUAUUGAUGUGUUUUAUCUUAAGGAAGUCAAGUUUUUGGAUGAAGAUUUAACUACAUUUGAUUAUCUAUUAUAUCUAAGUACUUAAAUUAAAGAAUUACAGGAUAAAUUAAUCUAAAAAUAAAAAUUUGUAUCAUCCAUAACAUUGUAAAUAUUAGAUUUGUCUAAAUUAAAUACAGAAGAGAAAGUAAUUGAAGUUAAAGAGAUCAAGAAAGCUUAGAAGAAGGAACCUAAAUAAACUUUAUUGGAUAAAUAAAAAUAAUAUAUAAAGAAUAUUUCAGAUAAAAAUAAAUCAGAAGAAUAAUUUAUUUAGUCAAGACUUAAUAAAUAAGAUGAAAAAUUAAAAAUUGAAAAAGAAAAUAAGAUUGAAAGAUUAAAGGCCAAAUUACUAAGAUAGACAAUUGCUUAGAAAUAAGAAGAUAAAAAUUAUGAAUUUCUAGUUAAAAAAUAUAGAUAUUAAGAAAACUAAUCUAAUAUAAUUAUAGAGAAAGAAGAGAGAAAGAGAAGGAAUUUUGAUAUAUUAGGUUAAAUGUUGUAUUUAAUUUUGGAUUCAAGAUUUAAAUUAUAUAAAAUACAAUAAAAAGAAACUUAUGAUUAAAUAAUAAAUUUUUAUAGUUAGCAUAUGUAUUAGAAAGGAAUUCCUAAGAAAUUUAAAUUAAGUACAAUUUAAUAAUUAUACGAAAGUAUAUAUGAAUUGUCAAAAGAUUUUAGAGAUCAUUUUAAUUAAUAUUUUCUUGAUAAAUAGGUAAAAUAAUAUCUUAAUCUUGUUAAUCAACAGCAAAACCAAUAGGUUAAUCAAUAAAGUCAAUUAUUUUAGGAAGCAAAAUAAAUUGAUUUUAUUAAUUUCAGUCUAACAAUUUCACUAAAAUUACUGAAUAUAAUAUCAUAUCACAAAAGUGUAUAUACAAUUAAUAGAUUUAUUGAUUUUGACAUAUUAUAAGUGCCAGAUUUAGAUUUUUAUUCUUUAAAGCAUUAUUUAUAAUGGAUAUAGAAAAAUGCUGAAAAUACAUUUGAUUAUUUAUAAAAGAAUAGUGAUAAUCUAUUAAGAUUUGAAUGGCUCCCUUUUCUAAAUGGAUAAGUUAAAUGUAGUGAAAGAUAAUAAGAGAAAUUAUUUGAAUUGAUUAAGAAGAUAAAUCAUUGUUAUAUUUUAGAAUUUGAAGUGAUUAGAUUCAUUAUUAAUACAUUGUCAAGAGAAUUGUUUCAUGAAAAUACUUUUAAAUUUGAUUUAAGAGAGUUAACUAAGAAUUAUAUUGAAAAAUCAAUUAAACAAUAAUUAUAGGAUAAGAUUAAAUAUUUUCCAAAAUUAAAUCAAGAAUUAUUAAUGUAAAUAGAACCCUUCUUACAAUAUUUAGAAUAGAAAGUGCUCUGUAAUUUAGAAGCUUUUUAUAUUAUAUCUAUAAUUUAGAAGGAAACAGUAUAGAACAAUGAAUUUGAAUAAAUUAUCAAAAGAAAUGAGUAUUUCCAUGAUGUAAAUGAUGUAUGGAAGUUUAAAUAUCAAGGAAUGAGAUAUAUUUUAGAGAAGAAUGAAUUUAAGAAUAAUAAUCUAAAUGAAAUGAUAAAUGAUUAGAUUAGGAGAAUUUAAAAUGUGAAAAUUAAUAAUGGGAGAAGUUCUUUAUAGGAGAAAUAUUAAGAAUUAAUACAAUAAAAUAAUUAAAAAAAUGAAAGAAUUUCAGUUAAGAAACCAUUGAAUAUGAUAUUAGAAGUGGAUUAUAAGGAGAAUUAGAAAUUUGUAGUGAGAUUAGUGAAUGAAAGUAAUUAGAAAGUGAAAAUGGAAAUAUAUGAAGAAAUGAGUUCAGAUGUUGUAGAGUUAAAAUGGGAUAAAGAUAAGAAUAAAGAUAAAUGGGUGAUAAAAAUAAAUAAUGAAAAGAUUAAUUUUAAUUAGAUUGAUGUUUGGACUUAUGAUAUUCCAAAAUGGUUUAAUUUAAUUAUUAAUGGAGAGAAAAGAAAUAUUAGGAUAGACUAAAAUAUUUUAUAAUUAGAUAGAUAUUUAAUGGUGAGAUAUAAUAAUGAAAGUGAGAAGGAAUUAUUUAAUAUUUAUUAAUAUAAAUGA